CGAGUCUUCUUGGAGGUUACGGAAAGGGCUUGUGGUCCUAUCCUACCCCGGGUUCACACGGGGGAAGAGCUAAAUUUAUUAGCCUUACCCGGCAGUCAGCACGACGAGCCUGCUCUUCACGAGUGCCCGCUGCCGAUGUGACUUCACUCCCUUAAAAACAGAAGAUCCAGUAUAUAAUAUCACGAGCCAACAAAAGGGAUGUGUAAUGGUACAGAGGUCGGACUGUACUCAGGACUAUAUUUGAUCGCGUUCGACACACAUUGCCCAAGACAAGAUCUACCAUUGUAACCCUUGUAAAUAACCUUGUAACCAGCCUACUGCAAGGGUAUUUUCUUCGAGGUAUCCUGUUAUGAAGCGAUUCCCGUCUCUACUAAGCGCUGCAGCAAAAACAUUUCCAGUAAUUUCCAGUAAUUUCAAGCAUCAAGAUAACCAGUGGAACAAGACAAACAUGGUCGAUUGCUUGGGGAGCGAGUUUCUUGUGGACGAGAAAAGACUUAACGAAGUGUUGGACAAAGCAAAGGCUUUUGCUUUCACGAAAGGAAUCUGUAUGCAGUCUGAACAGCGAGGACAAGAUGGAACAAUGCUGACUCAGCAUUAUCCCUUUACCCUGUUUCCCAGCGUGGUGCCCCGGACAUGCUUCCAGGAGGCCGUGGACUGCAUGCUGGAUUUCAACACACUCAUCCAUAAAGUAGCCCAUGAUCACAACUUCCUGGAAAAUGCCCUGAAGAAUGUUUUGGAGGUUGAUGAGUUUACACAAGGGUUGUGGAAGAUCUACACUCAAGUGAGGGAGGAGGGAUACACUCAGCCCCUGUCAUUGGGAUUGUUCAGAAACGACUUCAUGAUCGAUGUACAGGACCCUGACCAUGUCCAGAUUAAGCAGGUUGAGAUCAACACAAUAGCAGCAGGUGCAGCCAGCCUUGGAUCAUUGUUAGUUCACCUGCACAGGUUUACCCUUGACAUUUUAGGGAAGCAUUACAAUAAAGAGGUGGUCCAGGAUAUCGACGCUUCUCUGGGAGCAGCUUGGGGUAUACUGAAGGCAUGGGAGUUGUAUGGACGGAAACAGGCCGCCAUACUCUUUGUUGUGCGUGAGACCGAGUCAAACAUAUUUGAUCAACGGCACCUGGAGUUCAAGGUCUUCUCUCUCAACCCUGGGGUUCGGGUUCUACGUCGUACUUACCUGGACAUCUACAACGGCGCCUCCUUAACAGAAGAUAAGAGACUGUUGGUUGACGGAGAUGAAGUGGCAGUUGUGUAUCUGCGUGCUGGCUACGCACCAGCUGAAUUUCCUACACAUAAGGAAUGGGGUGCAAGACUAAAACUUGAACGUUCAUUGGCAAUCAAAUGUCCCUCCAUCCAAUAUCAUCUGGCUGGGACAAAGAAAAUCCAACAAGAGUUGACCCUACCUGGAUCAGUGGAACAAUUCAUGAAAGACCCAGCUGCAGUGAAGAGAAUCCGAGCAACAUUUGUGAAGCAGUUUAGGUUAGAUCUGGGUCCAGAGGGGGACCAGGCCGUGGAGUUGGGGAAGACGCACCCAGACAUGUACGUCCUCAAGCCUCAGAGAGAAGGGGGAGGACACAACCUGUAUGGAGACGACAUCAGAGAAUUCCUGGAGACACACAAGGAUUCUAAAGAGAGGAAUGCUUACAUCCUGAUGGAGAGGAUAUUCCCAAAGGCACAAAAGAACUAUCUCGUCACACCUGGCAGACCUUUACUCCUAUCUGAAGUGACCAGCGAACUGGGGAUAUUUGGAGUGUAUAUUGGGUCAGCCACUGAAGAGAAGAUGAACAUGCAGUGUGGCCACAUGGUAAAGACAAAGCUUUUUGGAAAAGACGAAGGUGGAAUCUCUACUGGACAUGCGUGUCUUGAUACACCAUUCCUCAUCAACGAAGAUCAAACUUGAUAAAACGCGGGAGACGUCUGUUGACAUCUGUCUGGAUGCGUUUGGCUUGUUUUUCACUUCUUUUCACACGACGCUUUUUCAUGUAAUAAAUUAUGGCUUUGAUACGAAGCACAAGGAGCCACCAGAUGAUUUCACCUCCAGCAGAUAUUUCUUCAUACCGAUGGCCUUGUUUCUUCUCAUCGAAUGACGUGGGCUGAUACAAGUGUGUUUCCCCUUCACUUCAUCCGUUCAUCCUGAGCAGCAGCCCGUGACGACAGUGUUACCAUUGUAUUGACGACGUCAGUGUGCAUGGGUAAAUUUCAAUUCAAGCUAGGAAGGUGCAGUCGGUGCAUUUAUCCAUUCAUGUAGUGCACCUUUAUGACACCAAUUAUUAUAUGGAAGGGAUCGCUUCUUAUUAUUUACUGAUGCCAGGUAGGUAUAAUUCGGAUACUUACGUCUCUAAACAGUACGAGUGACCUAAAUACAGCACCUUAAUCUGUUUAUAUCCAUAUGAAAACUCUGCUAAAAUCAAAGUAGAUGGGGCGAUUGAUACUAUAUCAUGACCAUGUGUUUUUGAAUCACUAUUAAUAGUGACUAUAGAAGGCGUUCGAGAAAAAAUGAGCGUAUCCUACCAAGCCUGUGUCACCCGUUCUAUAGAGGGGCUUUCGUCCACACUGGCUUAUGCCCGCACACCUCUAUACAAAUGAGAAGAUACGUAUUUACCGGAGGUAAUUGUCAAAUUCGGAAAUGUCACAGGUUAGAGCGAGGUUGUUUAUUAAUUACAGUACUAGUGGUAUCUGUCUGUUAUGGACUUUCCUGGGACCGACAUUUUUUCCGGA